AUGGUAGUAGGAGAAUAUCGUCUCUACCACUAUGAUCCUUCAUUCCCGGCCGCAGUCGCUGCCACUGCUUGUUUUGGGGUCUUGACAAGCAUGCAUUUGAUUUAUUUUAUUGCCCGACGAACUUGGUAUUUUACACCUUUUAUUAUCGGCGGCCUGUGCGAAACGAUCGGAUAUGUCGGGCGGAUACUGAACAGUCGAGAGACCCCUGACUGGAAGACAGGUCCAUAUAUCAUGCAGACGCUGUUGCUGCUGGUCGCCCCUGCGCUCUUCGUGGCAUCCAUCUAUAUGGUUCUGGGACGGGUGAUCCAGUGGGUCGAGGGGGAUUCGAGAUCUAUACUCCGGGGCCGAUGGAUCACGAGAACAUUCGUUGUGGGCGAUGUUAUCUCUUUUCUUACGCAAGGCGGUGGCGGAGGCAUCCUAGCGAAAGCAGACACCAAGGACAAAAAGAUCUGGGAAACUGGAUCAUAA